UGUAGUAUAAUGUGGAUAUAAAAAAAACUUCGACUUGCCAAUAUAUUGGCAAUUUGCAUUUGCAAAUCAGAAGACAUUAAGUCAAAAAUUGAAAAAUGUCAUCAUCGUCUUUUUCGGAUAAUGGUCAGGUCAUACUCAACGAAGCUCAAGUUUUGGCCACUUUGGCCGUAAGUUAUGAUAAACAAAAAGAUCUUGAAGCUGCCAUUUAUUUCUAUAAUGAAGCCGCCAAAAUCCUUAAAAAAUAUGUCAAUCUUGAAAACGUCGACGCGAAUGAAGAAAUAGAGAAAAAAAUUUCUGAUUACGAAAAACGAUAUGAUCUGUUACGAGAAAAACAAAACCAAAUUUUGGAUAAUGAGCUUAAAAAUCUCACAAUCAAAGAUGAAUCGGAUUGUAGUGUACAGCGAUUGGAAUUUUUACUUAAAGAAGCUUUGAACGAAGAUGAAGAAGGUGAUACUGAUGAAGCAUUACCAUUAUAUUUGAUGGCAGUCGAAACUGGUCUCAAAGCGAAAAAAGAGAUUCAAGAUCCGAGAUUGAGUGAACGACUUACGUUGAUCAUUACUCAAGCGUUGGAACGUGCCGAAGCAAUCAAAGGUAUAAACAUCAAGAAAAAAGAAUUCGUAGGAUUGGAAAAGAAAUUAGAUAAAAGCCUAUCGAUUGAUGAAGAAUCCAUGGUUUCAAUUUCGAAAAGUGGACACAUAGUCAGUGGACAUGACUCUUAUACCAAGCAAGAGAUUAAAGUAUUACGAAAAAGUUCAAACAUCAAUGGAAUCGAUUAUGUUCCAUUCCUUGCUCAAUUAGAUUUAAAAGAACGAUUUAGCACACUUUCGCAGUUUGAAGAUCCGAAUGGCUUAUUAAAACUUUCAUCGAAACAAAAGGCGAAUUUUGUAGGUUUUAGACGACUUUCGGAAAUUGCUGAAAAUCCGGUCAUAUUUUCCAAUUCUAAACAUAUUGAUUGUUUCGCCAUCAAACAGACAAUUGUGACUGAUUGUUCUUUUAUCGCUUCAUUGACUGUCGCAGCUCUUUAUGAAAGAAGAUUUGGAAAGAAAUUAAUUUCAUGUAUAAUCUUCCCACAGAAUAGACAUGGAGAACCGGUAUAUAAUCCUUGCGGUAAAUAUAUGAUCAUUUUGCAUAUAAAUGGCAUUCUACGUAAAGUCAUAAUCGAUGAUCGGUUACCGAUGGGUCAUUACGGACAAUUAAUGUGCUCAUAUUCUCAGAAUAAAAAUGAAUUCUGGAUAUCGUUAUUGGAAAAGGCAUACAUGAAAGUAAUGGGCGGUUAUGAUUUUCCGGGUAGCAAUUCGAAUAUUGAUCUUCACGCAUUGACCGGAUGGAUUCCGGAACGUAUGUCAUUAUCAGAAUGCAAUAAGGAAAAUUUUUUCAGUCUCAUCUCUCGACGUUAUAAUGCUGGCGAAGCAUUGGUUACAUUUGCCACUGGUGAUAUUUCCGAUUUCGAAAGCGAACGUACCGGAUUAGUAUCAACGCAUGCAUAUGCUAUGCUUGAUGUUAAAAGUGUUAAUGAUCAACGGUUGUUCCUAUUGAAAAAUCCAUGGAGCCAUGUACGAUGGAAAGGAAAAUUCUCCGAACGUGAUUUGGGCAGUUGGACUACUGAAAUGAAAAGAGUAUUAAAUUACGAUCCAAGUAGUGCAAAAAAUUUCGACAAUGGAGUAUUCUGGAUCGAUAUUGAUUCUUUAUUUAAAUUUUUUGAUGUUUGUUAUCUAAGUUGGAAUCCGGCCCUUUUCAAAUAUGUUUACUGUACUCACGACAUUUGGAAUGCCGGUGUUGGUCCGGCCAAAGAUUUAUAUUACAUGGGUGAUAAUCCUCAAUACUCAUUGAAGAUCAAAAAUGCGGAUAGUUCAACGUGGAUCGUAUUGACCAGGCAUAUUAUGGAUAGAGAUGAUUUUGCCAAUAACAAAGAGUAUAUUGCUCUUUUGGUCUAUAAGAAUAAUGGCGAAAAAGUCAUAUUGCCUUUCGAACCAAAGCCCUAUAUUGAUGGUGCUCGAAUUAAUUCACCUCAUUAUUUGUGUAAGAUUAUUGUUGGUAAAGAUAAUUCAGAACUUCGUUAUACGUUAGUUAUCUCGCAAUAUGAAAAAUCUUCCACCAUUUUAUACAGUCUUCGUGCCUAUUCAACUUCGCCAUUCUCUUUGAAAAAAAUACCAAACAUUUAUCUUUAUAAAGAAAAAGAGAAAAACGGUAAAUGGACAGCGGAAACGGCCGGUGGUUGUCCAAAUAAUCCAGCUACCUACCAUAAUAAUCCUGUCUAUCAGUUUUUACUUGAUGGUAGUUCACGAGACGAUGAUAAUGAAGUGAUGAUCGAAUUAAGAGGUCCUAAAGCAUAUGCAGUCGGUUUGGAAGUCGUAACAGUAUCAGUAAUGAAUCCAAAUUCGCCUAAUUAUUUUCAACGUAAACAUACUGGAUCAUUUCGUUCUGGUUGUACCUAUCUAAGACUGAAAUCGAUACCAACGGGUACCUAUCAAAUCAUACCUUCGACUUUUCUUCCUGGGCAAGUUGGCCCAUUUUUUCUUUAUGUACACUCUACUCAUAGAGUUAAACUUACUAAAAUCAAGUGAUAAUUAAAAAUUAUUUUAAAAAUUAA